GCUCGAUCUCAGACCGGCUUUUCCGCUUGUAAUUUUGCAGCCAGCAGACAAACGCGUCCCUCCCGCUAGCUACUUCUUGUUGCACGUCCACGUUGGCCUCGCUCGUUGCUCUCCAGGCGGCCGGUCAGCGCCGCUCCUCGUCGGAUGGCGGCCGCGGGUUCAACGUCGCAUGUCGGCGAUGUAGAAGAAGACGCCUCGCAGCUGCUCUUUCCCAAAGAGUUUGAGAAUUCCGAGACUCUGCUGAACUCGGAGGUGCGCAUGUUGCUGGAGCACCGCAAGCAGCAGAACGAGAGCGCCGAGGACGAGCAGGAGCUCUCCGAGGUCUUCAUGAAGACCCUCAACUACACCGUGCGCUUCAGCCGCUUCAAGAAUCGAGAGACCAUCACGGCCGUGCGCAGCCUUCUCCUCCAGAAAAAGCUUCACAAGUUUGAGUUGGCCAGUUUAGCCAACUUGUGUCCCGAAGCGGCCGAAGAAGCCAAGGCCCUGAUCCCCAGCUUGGAAGGACGCUUUGAAGACGAGGAGCUGCAGCAGAUUCUGGAUGACAUCCAGACGAAGAGAAGUUUCCAGUACUGAGGCCGGACAGAUAGACGGACGGCUGCCGAGCGACCAACGUUUGGACUCUUUUUCCUUUUUGAAAACUCUUUGCUAAGAAUAAAAGAGUGUCGUUAAGUUGA